GCUAUAAACACACCCGAAGCCGCACGUCAAAUUACCGCUGUUUGCAAUUCACGGUAGCGAAGCCGGGAAAAAAGAACGGAAAAAGGUCGGUGGAAAACUGUCUGCGGUUCGCUGUUUUGUUGGAAAAUCUGUUGCAUGUUUUAAGUGUGAACGAGUAUUCUUACCUUCGCAUUUCGUUGCAAAAAAAACCCAAACUGCGGAGAUUGUUACCGUAAAGUUUAGCGGAACCACGAACAAAGGAAAACUCCAUUUUAAAGUGUUGUCUAUCGCUGGCGCCGCCGCCUACUACUGCAACCAAACAAAGAAGGGGCGAACAGUUUGUGAGGUUUCCUUUAGGUAAGCGCGGCUAAUUAAAUUAGUAGCUGCCGGUGGAAAGUGGUGCCAGUUGCGCGUGUCUCGAGAGUCGGGUGAAAAUAUUCUUGGUGAAACCGUUUCAACAAGCAGUGGACAAAAUGGACGUUUGGCUACCGUUGGAAUCUAACCCUGAGGUGCUGACCAACUAUAUGGUGAAGCUGGGUGUAUCGCCCCUGUGGAGUAUCGUUGACAUCUACGGCAUGGAUGAUGAGCUGCUCGAUAUGGUUCCGAAACCGGUCAAAUCGUUGAUCUUUCUGUUCCCCUGCUCCAAAGCGCAUGAAGAGUAUCGUGCCAAGGAAGAUGAGGAACUGAAGGCCAAAAACGUCGAGCAUCCCAAGAGUCUGUUCUUUACGCGUCAGUUCGUUCACAACGCCUGCGGUACGAUUGCCGUGAUUCAUGCCAUUCUUAACAACCCGGACAUUGAGAUUGAGGAGGGCAGUGUGCUGAAGAAGUACUUUGACGGUGCCAAAGACCUAUCGCCCGACGAUCGUGGUGAGCUGUUGAACAAAAACGUUGACCUGAAGGCAACGCACGAAGAGAACGCGCAGGAGGGUCAGACGGCCACUCCCAACAUCAACGAUGCCGUGUACCAUCACUUCAUCGCGUUUGUGGAGGUCGAAGGUACGCUGUACGAGCUGGAUGGCAGGAAGAAUUUCCCGGUCGCACACGGUAAAACAACGCCGGAAACGUUGCUGAAGGAUGCGGUCCAGGUUUGCAAAAAGUUUAUUGAGCUGGAUCCGUCCGAGGUGCGCUUCACGCUGCUCGGACUCGUACCGACACAGUAGAGCUGUACCGGAAGCAAGGGACAAAAUUUCGCUUUUAAAUGCUUUGAAGCUGAACUGAAAUAUAGAAGCGAAGAGGAGAGCUUUUUGAAUAACACCGCCAUACCACCAUAGCAGCGCGCGUUCCUUUGGAAAUAAUUAGCAAUAAAAUCUCAUCAUGCAUGUGCUUUUCAUGUACGUCAUUGUUGUCUAAGCAACAGGA